AUGGCGCUCGCGCUCUCCACCCCGUUCGCGCCCUCCAGUUCUGGGCCCACCACCUCACGCUGCGCUUUCCCUCCCCGCGGGGCCCACUUCGCCGCCGCCUCCGCCGCGGGCAGGAGCGGCCUGCCGCUCGCGUGCGCCGCGCCGCGGAGCCGCGGGCGGGGGCGGGGGCGGCGCGGCGGGAGGCUGGUGGUGUGGGCGGCGGCCGACUACUACGCGACGCUGGGCGUGCAGCGCUCCGCGGACAUCAAGGCCAUCAAGGCCGCCUACCGGAAGCUCGCGCGCCAGUAUCACCCUGAUGUCAAUAAGGACCCUGGAGCAACUGACAAGUUUAAAGAGAUAAGCUCAGCCUAUGAGGUGCUGUCAGACGAUAAGAAGAGGGCGUUGUAUGACCAAUAUGGUGAAGCUGGGGUUAAGAGUGCGGUUGGGGGUUCUGCUGGAGCUUAUACGAGUAAUCCAUUUGAUCUGUUUGAGACAUUCUUCGGAGCAAACAUGGGUGGUGGUGGUGGAUUUUCUGGUAUGGACCAGAACGCAUUUAGGACACGCAGAAGGAGCGCUGCUGCUCAGGGUGAAGACAUCAGAUAUGAUGUGACUCUGGGGUUCUCAGAGGCAAUAUUUGGAACAGAAAAAGAUAUAAUAUUAUCCCAUUUGGAGACUUGUGAUACUUGUAGCGGUUCUGGUUCAAAGGUUGGCUCAAAGACAAGAAUAUGCUCCACCUGUGGUGGGCGAGGGCAAGUAAUGCGAACUGAGCAAACACCAUUUGGUCUCUUCUCCCAGGUUUCUAUUUGCCCCACAUGUGUAGGAGAGGGUGAGGUCAUUUCAGAGUAUUGCAGGAAAUGUUCAGGAGAGGGACGUGUUCGUGUCAGAAAGGAGAUCAAAGUAAAAAUUCCUCCAGGAGUUAGUAAAGGUAGUACACUUCGUGUACGUGGUGAAGGAGAUGCAGGACCGAAAGGAGGCCCCCCUGGAGAUCUUUUUGUUUGCCUUGAUGUAGAGGAGCCCUCUGAUAUUAAAAGGGAUGGUAUCAACUUGUAUUCCACUGUGUCGAUAAGCUAUGUUGAAGCUAUUUUGGGUACUGUUCAAAAGGUCAGAACUGUUGAUGGAACUAGUGAACUUCGAAUACCUCCAGGCACCCAACCUGGUGAUGUAGUGGUCCUAGCUAAGCAAGGUGUUCCGUCAUUGAAUAGGCCAUCUAUACGUGGUGAUCAUCUAUUCACUAUUAAGGUUUCUAUACCAAAACGUAUAAGUGGGCGCGAAAAGGAGUUACUUGAGGAACUUGCCUCGCUGGCCAAUGGUGGUUUUGCUCGUGCACCAGUGAAACCAAAGCCUAUUCGCCAAGAGAACGGAAGCAGUGUUGCUCAAGAAGUACCAGAUCAACCUGAUGAAGAGGAGGUUGACUGGUUGAAGAAACUUUCAGAUUUUGCUGGAUCCAUUGUCAAUGGCGCAUCCAAGUGGCUGAAGGACAACCUGUAGCCUGUAAAUAUCUUACUGCAGUUACGCCAAUUGUCAAUUCAUCGGGAUUCGAAGCGCUGCCACAUGUGUUCUGUUGGAGAUGUUCAUCCUUUUACAGGCAGUGGAGUGGCAACGGAGAGGGUUGAGUGAGUGUCAGCUAAUUUUAUUGACGCCAUUUCUAUUUUUGAUCCCCUUGUAAAGCAUGGAUUUUGCUGUAGUUCGCAUUCGUUUUCCAAGAGCAUGUAAACAGUCCCAAGUCACGGCCGCUGAUGUUAAACUUACAUCCACUGUAAAUACAUAUGUCGUUCCAAUAGUCUGUGUAAGCUAAUAUUUUUGUUAACCUAAACUCAGAAUAUACCCGUAUCUUAUUUAAGUUGCAA